AUGGCUUACCUCCUACUUUAUGUUGAUAACAUCAUCCUCAUCUUCUCCUCCCAUGACCUUCGCAAAUCUAUCAUGACCCUUCUGGCCUCGGAGUUUGCUAUGAAGGAUCUAGGCCCGUUGAGCUAUUUUCCGGGCAUUGCCGUCACCAGACACGGAGAUGGGCUUUUUCUCAGUCAUACUUCAUAUGCACGUGAUAUUAUUGCUCGAUCUGGUAUGGCAUCGUGCAAUCCCUCUACGACUCUAGUUGAUACCAAGCAGAAACUCAAUACUUUUGCUGGUACUCUGUGUGAUGAUCCUACUUUAUAUUGGAGUUUUGCUGGGGCUUUGUAG